CUAUAGGUAAACAAAACACGUCGUGUUCAUUCAUUGUGUACCGACAUUUCGUUGAAUGAGCUGCCUUGCAUAGCGGCUGGCGUCACCAACGCCGCCUGACAUGCUUUGUUCACCGGGAGCAGCUGCAUUCGAAUCGCAAAACGGUCGUAUACCUGAACAGGUAAUAGAAGCAACAGGUCAUUUCAUAUGACGAGGGGAGCUCCGCGCACGAGCGGCUGACUCGAUUCGAGUCUAAUAACCGGCAACCGCGGCCCGCGCUAGUUGUGUUCUGCCUUUCACGGUGGUAGUGUGUCCGUUCGCGCGCUACUGAACGUCGACUUUCACGCGAGUGAUUAUAUCGCGGUUUCAAGUUAUGUGCGCGAACGCACGCUUCGAUAACCCUCCAUCCAUUCGAUCGUGACAGUGCCAAUGUCUCCCAGUCUAGAAGGGAUCAUGUUCAACAGGAACGCAAACCUGUCGGCGCGGCGGCCGCUGCUUGCUGAACCGCAAAAGCCUGUGGUGAUCCCACCGAGAGCUCCGCCCCGGGACUACGGUCCGCAGAGACCUUCGCCCGCUCCGCGGAACCUACCGGCCGACUGUCACUACGAGUACAAGACGGAGUGCUGGAAACCCUCGAACGUCGAAAUCGAAAAGCGACUGCAGGAGACGAGAGCUCGGGAGAAGAUCGGUUACUUUCAAGACAAAAUAACGCCUCCCGAGUUGAAUUUGGACCGUAGGGAGGCGGAGUUAGUGUUCAGAUUCGACCCUCACGCGUCCGCUGAAUAUUUAUCGGGUCAGUAUCAAGCUCCUACAGUUCAAUAUGCAAAGCCCCCGACGCCGGCAAACGGGUUUGCUAACCGUCUGCCGGAGAGAGACGGCCCUUUUGUGUUCGGAGUCCACAGCCCGAGCCAGUUCCCCAUUCCGCGGCGGGAUGAGGAUGACUACGAUUACUCCGAAGUGGCCGAGGAAAACGGCCGCCCUGUGAUACGAGACGAUGAGUCGGCAGACUUAAAUUGCUGUGAUAAAGUGAAUGACUGGGCAGUCCGCGAUAAGAAAAGCCGGAGGACCUUAAAUCGAAUGUUUCAAAUCAAAGAUAGAAGAAAAGUGAAAGGUGGGAAGAAGGAGAAGAUAAAGUGUGUGCUAGUGGGUGAUGGAGCUGUAGGAAAAAGUUCUUUAAUAGCUGCGUACGCGCAGGACACAUUCCGGGAAGAAUAUCAACCCACGGCGUACGACACAUUUAAUGUUGUGGUGGACGUUGAUGAUCGACCGGUCUGCGUAGAAAUCUGUGAUACUGCGGGGCAGGACUCGAUGUCUGAGCUCCGAGCCCUGUGCUACCCGGGUACUGACGUACUCAUGCUGUGUUUUUCCGUGGUGCGACCGGAAACAUUUCGGUCUGUUGCUGAGCGGUGGACGCGGGCGGUCGCCGGUGUGAAUGCGCCUUUAGUCCUCGUGGGGACACAAAGUGACCUGGCGCUUGACGGCCGUGUGAUACAAACUUUAAGGUCCCGCGGUGAGCAUGCAGUCACAGAAGUAGAGGCGCGAACAUUGGCAGCAAAAAUCAACGCGACCUAUGUGGAAACCUCCGCGAAAACGAGGAAGCAGCUGAAGGACGCCUUCGACGCCGCCAUCUUGGCGGGGUUGCCAGUAAUAUCGAGCAAACGACCUUUUUGGAAAAAAUUAUUGUGUAUAAAUUAGCAUUAAAAUAUGUUUAAUUAAUUAGUUGCAAUUUUGUUGCAAUGACGACUUGUAUAAAAUUAUUAUUUUCAACCGAUUUAACGUUGGUAAUGAAUGAAAAUGACUUUUAUUCAUCAGAUAUCAAAAUGUUCAUUCGAUUUAGUUAAUAUCCUACAGUUAAUAACCUAUUUUGCGCGCCAGAAUCUGUAUAAAAUGUAAGCGCGCUCUUUAACCUAUAACUUCGUGAGCGCACUAAAGUUAAACUAAGGCUGAGAUCUAUAGAGCGCACUAUGACUUUGCUCAGACUUAAGACUGUUAAAACGAGACAGCGUAAUACCGCUGGUAUAUAUCUGUCCCGUUUUAACUGAAACUUAAUUCUAAGCAAAGUCAAAGUGCGCUCUACAGAUUUCAACUUAACAGACAUGGCAUUGGCACGUAACGUUGGGUUCGGUCGGGUACCUACUGCGAAAAAUAAGCAGAUAAAUAAUUGAAGAAAGAUUACAAAAAAUGGAAUUAAUGCAACAAUAAUAGGUAGAUUGCUAAAUGAAUUUUCUUCAAAAAUACGAGUAUCAUCACUCCAAAGCCUAGAUUAAAAUGCAACGAUGGUAAGAAGAAUGUGUUAGCUAUUGUGCCUUAAAAUUUCAAUGUAAUAUAUUAUCUCAAAUACCUUAAAUUGGAAUACUUUACAGAGAAUAUAAUAAUGAAGUCAAAUUGGCAGACUAAAACAUUAAUGAUUCUUUACCAAGUUCUCUGUAGAAAACGUCUGUAGCCCAAGCACAAUCAGUGCGACAAAGACAACGCUUUCUCGCGACUGUUUCAUCGACAAUGCGUUGCAAAAGAUGAUCUAGCCGCGAGAAAAUGUAUUGAACGAACUUGGGCUGCUGGUUAAGUUUUAGUUCAAUCAAUUUAGUUUAUAUAGGUAGUUAAGUGUGGAUGAAUUUUUGACUAAAAUGCGAAUAUCUUAGGUAAAUCAUAAUGUCAAAUUGAAAAUACGACUUAAAUCAAGACGAAAAAAUUGUGAUUAUGAAAAAUAUAAAUUGUUAAUCUUGUGCCUUUUAUUUAAACAAAUAAUGGGUCAAGUUAUUGCAUUUUUAAUUUAAAUGAAUGUCUUUGAGGCUACAAUUUUUAUACAUUUUGCAUACCUACCUAAAGGUUAUUUUAUUGAAUUUUUAAUAAAAUGAUUAAAAACCUAUUUACUUAAAAUAUUGAUACAUUUUGAAAUUAAUUGUACAGUAAAAUUACAUGAAUAAUGAUAGGUGUUAAUGAAAUUUAAGAGAUUGUUACAUAAGCUGUAAAUAAUAAGCAGGAAUGUAUGUUAAUGUUGUUUUAUACUCAACGCGAACUGAUAAUUAUAUUUUAUUACAAUUUA